ACAACACACAGCACUUCCCUGAGUCAAGGAGUCUGCUGCUGCUUCUUCACUACAGGCUGCACCUCCUGAUGGACAUUCAGGACAGUCUCCAGACCCCUCCCAUCGAGGCUCACAUUAAAGAUCUCCAUGAGACACACAAAGCAGGUGUGUUAGAAUCCACAAAAACUUUGGAGGAUCAGGCAUUUUCUGGGGAUCCCCACACCAGAGCUGUGGACUUUGAGACUCAAUACACUGAUCUGAUGCUCACUGGUCAGUACAAAAGAACUUACAAUGAGAGGCACCAUGAACUUUUGAAUAUAGGGAGGAUUCAUGAAGAGAUGGUGAAGAAGCAGACAAGAGAGAAAUGUAAGGGAAGCUGGACUGAGAAGCUUUUUAAUAGGGGCUUUGAAAGUGAGACUGAUUCUCACAUUGCAGUGGUCAGUGGAGUGGCUGGAAUCGGGAAGACCACCAUGGUCCAGAAGAUUAUGUUUGACUGGGCCAGUGGCACUCGGCACCAAAUGUUUGCAUUUGUGUUCCUGUUUAAAUUUAGAGAGCUCAACCUCCUAGACUAUGAGAACGAGCCGCAGAUGUCUCUGACCAGGCUCAUCGUAAAGCACUAUGAAUAUCUCAAUGACCCGAGACUGAGAGAAAUCUUACAGAAACCUGAGUCUCUCCUCUUUAUACUUGAUGGUCUGGAUGAGUACAAACACAACCCGGAGCACACACAUGAGCAGCUCUGUUCAGACCCAGAUGAGCAUGUUCCUGUCCAUGUUUUGCUCACCAGCUUGGUACGAAGGACAUUACUGAAGGGCUGUUCAGUUCUGCUCACAAGCAGACCAAUAGCUCUGCAGGCCUUGGUCAUGGACAGGGUUGAUCGAUUUGCACAGAUCCUGGGGUUUUUCCCUGAACAAAGGCUGAUAUACUUUAAGAAGUUCUUUGGUGACAUUGAACUGAGUAUGAAGGUUUUUCAGUAUGUGGAGGAGAAUGCCAUUCUGUACGCCAUGUGCUUCAACCCUUCCUACUGCUGGAUUAUCUGCUCUGUGCUGAAGAGUCACUUCAUGACACCUGAAGAUGAGCGAGGAGCUGCCCCCAGAACUGUCACCGAGCUCUUUGUGAUGUUCAUUCGUAACAUCCUGACCAAUCACAAGGGAGAAGCCAAGGACCAGCGAGGGCUUCUGGUCAGCCUGGGAAAGAUGGCCUAUUAUGGGCUGGCCAAUAGGAUUCUUGUGUUUUUUGACAAAUUUGAGAUGUCGAGCUUUGGUGUCCAUCCCGUCCUGCCCUCUCAAGUCCUCUCAGGGUUACUUAAAGAAAUCCCACCAAGAGAAAGCACUCUGGACCGCACAAUGUACACAUUCUAUCACCUCACCAUACAGGAGUUCAUAGCUGCCUGCUCCUUCUACCUCGAUCCAUCAGCAGACAUAGAAGAGCUGCUUAAGAAGCUCGACUCAUGUAAAGAUGGCCGGUUUGAGAUUCUAACUCGAUUCCUGGCAGGGCUGGGCAGGUCUUCUGUGUUUGAAUCACUGGAGGGAAUUCUGGGAGAUUUUGAGAUGAAGACAGUAAAGCGGAUACUGGAGUGGGUGAAAAAGAAUGCUAAAUGGUCGCUGCAGAGUGCAGAUAAAAGUGAAGCUCUGCGAGUGUGUCAGUGGCUCUAUGAGGCUCAGAAUGAGAAAUUAAUUAGAGACGCUGUGGGGAAGGAUGUAAAAAUGGACUUUAGUUACAUGACUUUAUCUCCUCUGGAUUGUGCUGUGCUGGGCUAUGUCAUCUGCUGCUGUGGAGAACUCGAGGAGCUUAACCUAACAGGGACAAAACUCACCCCAGAGUGCAUCAAGAGACUGGCACCAGGGCUCAGCUGCUGUAGAUGUGUCAGACUGUCUGAUUGUGCCCUCAUCCCCACAUGUUCCUCGGCUAUCUUCUUGGCACUUUCUUCUCCAAACUCCCGGCUGUCUGAACUGGAGCUGAAUUACAACAAAAUGAAAAAUGCAGGAGUGGCUCAGGUGUUUAAGGGGCUGAGGAGCAAACAUUGCAAAUUAGAGAAACUGAGCCUCAGGACAUGUCAUCUCAACUUCAGAUGUUGUGCCGCUCUCUCGUUAGCUCUUUCUUCUCCUCACACACUGCUAACUGAGCUGGACCUGAAUGGCCAAGAACUGAAAGAUUCAGGAGUGGAAAAGCUGUGUGAGGGGCUGAGGAGUGAAAACUGUAAAUUAGAGAAACUGAGCCUGUCUUAUUGUUGUCUCACCCAUGGAUGCUGUUCGGCUCUCUCCUCAGUCCUUUCUUCUCCAAACUCACGGCUCACUGAACUGAAGCUGAAUCACAACCUCAACAUGGAUUCAGGACUGGCUCAGCUGUGUGAUGGGCUGAAGAGUAAAAACUGCAAAUUAAAAAAACUGGAGCUGCAGCAUAUUGGGGUCAGUGAGACUGAGAAGAGGAACCUGAGAUCACUACAGGAGGAACUGGAGAGGACUGGACGACAGGUGGAUAUCGUCACUUGAGACGACAUGGUGAUCAACUGAAUUUCUGAAUUUCCCUAUGGGAUUAAUCUACUAAUAAUCUAACCUAACUAUCCUUAGUGCUGACGUCUCCUGUCCACUCACUCUAAAUUCUUCUCUUCAUUCUUUUACAAUCUCUUCAGCUCUUCUUCACAUAUAAUAAACUGUCCAUGUCUUCUUCUCAGUCUGUGCGCUUCUCCUUUAAACUUACUGUUUGUUCACCCUGUGACUUAACUGGUCGUCAGGCUGCACAUGCUCAGAAUGGAUUUUCACCAGCAGGGGGCAGUAGUGAGACUUUGCAUAAAAAGACCCCUGGAAAUCUGAAAGCCCACUGAGGCUAGAAGUGGGAGCAAAGAUGACUGGAUAGUCAAGUUUUUAGUGUUAAGGGGGAUAGUUCUUAUCCUGGCUUUGGGGACAAGCACUGGACAGGACAGGUUUAUGGCCAUCUGAGCGGAACCAUCACAAAGGCUCUGUUUCUCUACCUCAUUUGGUAUUGCUUGAACCUGUGUCCACUCCCCUCCUUGUUUACUGUGUCCAUGUGCACGCAAUUCCUGACUUCUGCGUCUGACUGAACAGACUCAGAGGUGUGCAGAUUUGGACAUUUGUGCAACUCCCAGGACUUAUUUCAUCAUUUUCUUCAUUUUUACUCUCUUAUCUUCAUUUCACUGUUACCUCCACUCGUGUCUUCUUUAGUGAGCAGCAACCUGAACAAGUGAGCCAUUUAAAAAUAAAUGAGAGCAAAAUGACAAGACAAAGAGAACUCUGACCUAGUGGUGUAGAAAAUGUGAGGGACUGGGGACCCAUCCAGGGUUGGGUCCUGUCUUGUACUCCAUGUAUAUUGUCUGUGAUACCUAGCUACUCUGAACUGGACUGAGUGGGUUCAGAAAAUGGAUAGAUGAAGAAGAACAAGCACAACUGGGAAAUGGACAAGGUGAGGAGCACCUAAAAUCUACAGCUAGAUCCACAGACUUAGAAAUACAGUUUGGACACCUUUGGUCAAAAUUUCUAUUACUGUGAAGAGCAAAGAGAGUAGAAGAUGAACUGAUGUCCAAAAUUUAUGCGCCCAAACCUUUGCAUGCCACCAUAUUUAACUGUAUAAAGCAACGGUCACAACAUUGAACAAAGUCUUCAACAACAGGUCCAAGGCUGUCCGCCUUUUCUUGUAGAAGACUCACAAUGACAGAGUUGUCUGCAAAUUUCAGGAUAUGUCUGUCCUUGAGUGAACUUCAGCAAACAUCUGUGUACAGAACAGGACACAAACAGCAGCCUUGUGGUGAUCCAGUAGAUAAGUUUAGACAAUCAGAAAACCCGACAUUAACACCUACUCGUUGUGUUCUGUUAGUUAAGAAGGCAUGUGAUAUAGAGGGUCCGCAGCUCAGAACGAAGAGCCAGUUUUUAAUGAAUAAUACAUUUGGCUGUGUCAGUCUAUGUGGGCACCCUCGCGCAACCGUGGGGAGUUGAUGAGGUAACUGGAGCGAGUCGCACCUGGAUGUGAGGGUGCAAUAUCUUUCUCAAUUGCUUCAUCGGCUUCCUGUGGUGAAUGAUUGAGACACAGAACCGUACAAGUACAGGCUGGCACAGGAGAAGGGAAGGACGAAAGAGGAAAAACGAAAGAGAGACUGACUGACUUGCAGAACGUGAGUGCGUAAUUGGGGCAGAGAAAGAGGACAAGCCAGCCAGCUAGAUGAAGAGACGGGACAUCCCACACCCACUGAUUGUGCUGAGGAGUGGGUGCGUUCGAGGGGGUAUUCUCUCCAGGGAUCCAAGGCAUGUCUGCAAGGGCGUGAAGGAUGACAAGAGGACAACCAACCCUGAGCAGUCUGGCAGACACCGAUGGAGGCAGCCAAGAUGGGGGUCGGGAUUGAGAGGACCGCAGCUGCUCAAGUCUCUCCAGCUGAACGAGCAAUGGGUAAGCUGGGAAGACUUGGAAGGAAAUGGGCUCAGCUCAUAUGACCCAAUGACUGUCGUUGGUUUUUAUUCUCGUUUUAAGCCUGGUUUUAAUCAUUUGAAUUUUUUUUCACUGUUUUUAUGGAUUAAUUAAUGAAGUUUGAGAACUACACUUUGGACACUAUUUUGAUUUUUUAUUGUUUAAUAAAAGCACUUUGCACCAUC